AUGACUGUGUCAUUGCGCAUGAGGCCUGUGCGCUUCACCUCUGACAUGAGGCGGUACGCAAACACACAACUCUCGCCGUCGCAUGGGGCUCGGCGCCGAGGAACUCAGAAGCUUGAGAGUGUUGUGCUUAGUAAAAUGAACUUUGAAUCUUUUGUGAGAGAUCUGCUUCUGGUUCGUCAUUACAGAGUUGAAGUUUACAAGAACAAAGCAGGGAGUAAAUCUAUCAAAGAAAAUGACUGGUAUUUAGCAUACAAGGGUUCUCCAGGAAAUCUUUCCCAGUUUGAGGAAGUUCUCUUUGCCAACAAUGAUAUGUCAACGGCCAUUGGGGUUGUGGGGGUUAAGCUGUCUACAGCUGAUGGGCAAAGAGUAGUAGGAGUGGGGUAUGUCGACACUACGCUGAGAAAAUUGAGUGUCUGUGAGUUUCCAGAUAAUGAUCAGUUCUCAAACCUUGAAGCUCUACUGGUUCAACUGGGACCGAAGGAGUGUGUGCUACCAGGAGGAGAGACUGCAGGAGAGAUGGGAAAACUACGACAAGUCGUUCAGAGGGGAGGAAUCCUGAUUACAGACAGAAAGAAGGCGGAUUUCACAACAAAAGAUAUUGUUCAGGAUCUCAAUCGCCUGUUAAAAUCAAAAAAAGAAGAACAAAUGAAUAGCGCAGCAUUGCCAGAGAUGGAAAAGCAGGUUGCUGUUUCAUCUUUGUCGGCCAUAAUCAAGUUUUUAGAGUUGCUGUCAGAUGAGUCUAACUUUGGGCAAUUUGAACUGACUACUUUUGAUCUUAGUCAAUAUAUGGUGCUAGACAACGCAGCUGUUCAAGCCCUCAACCUUUUUCAGAGUUCUGUGGAAAAUGCUAAUACUGCACAGUCUCUAGCUGGUUUACUAAAUAAAUGCAGAACGCCUCAAGGACAAAGACUAGUUAAUCAGUGGAUCAAACAACCACUUAUGGACAAGAAUAGAAUUGAAGAAAGGUUGAAUUUAGUUGAAGCUUUUGUGGUGGAUCCAGAACUACGUCAGUGCCUUCAAGAAGAUCUCUUACGUCGCUUCCCAGAUCUUAACCGGCUGGCAAAGAAAUUUCAGAGACAAGCAGCAAACUUACAGGACUGUUACCGAAUGUAUCAGGCUAUUAAUCAACUGCCUAAUGUUGUACAAGCACUAGAAAAACAUGAAGGAGCUCACCAGAUGUUGUUGUUGGCAGUGUUUAUAACACCUCUUAAUGAUAUCUACUCUGACUUCUCAAAGUUUCUGGAGAUGAUAGAAACAACAUUGGACAUGGAUAAGGUGGAGAAUCAUGAAUUUCUCGUCAAGGCUUCUUUUGAUCCUAAUUUGACAGAAUUAAGAGAGAAGAUGAAUGAACUGGAAGAAAAAAUGCAGUCCUUUUUAAAGAGUGCAGCCAAAGAACUAGGCUUGGAAGCUGGCAAAAGUAUCAAAUUGGAGACAAAUUCACAGUUUGGACAUCACUUUCGAAUAACUUGCAAGGAGGAAAAGGUUCUUCGUAACAAUUCAAAAUACGGAAUAGUUGAUACACAGAAGAAUGGUGUGAAAUUUACUAACAGCAAACUCAGCUCCGUCAAUGACGAAUAUAUAAAGAACAGAGAAGAGUAUGAAGAGGCUCAGGAUGCAAUUGUUAAGGAAAUCAUUAACAUUGCUUCAGGUUAUGCAGAACCAAUACAGACGAUGAAUGAUGUAAUAGCUCAAUUAGAUGCAAUUGUCAGUUUUGCUCAUGUGUCAAAUGGAGCACCAGUGCCAUAUGUCCGUCCUGUCAUUCUGGAAAAGGGGCAAGGGAGGAUUGCGCUGAAAGGUGCCAGGCAUCCCUGCAUCGAAGUGCAAGAUGAGGUGGCCUUCAUCCCCAACGACAUUACAUUUGAGAAGGGCAAGCAGAUGUUCCACAUUAUUACUGGUCCUAACAUGGGGGGAAAAUCAACAUACAUCCGACAGACGGGGGUGAUUGUUCUUAUGGCCCAAAUUGGGUGUUUUGUACCAUGUGACUCUGCAGAAAUAACCAUUGUGGAUUGUAUCCUGGCGCGGGUGGGAGCUGGAGACAGUCAGCUGAAAGGCGUGUCUACUUUCAUGGCUGAAAUGUUAGAAACUGCUUCAAUCCUUAGGACAGCAUCCGAAAACUCCCUGAUAAUCAUUGAUGAGCUGGGAAGAGGAACUUCUACCUACGAUGGCUUUGGCUUAGCAUGGGCUAUUUCAGAAUACAUUGCUAGCAAAAUCUGUGCUUUCUGUAUGUUUGCUACACAUUUUCACGAACUGACAGCUCUUGCUGACCAAGUGCCAACAGUAAAUAACCUACAUGUUACAGCUCUGACCAGUGAUGACACACUAACGAUGCUUUAUCGUGUCAAGGAAGGUGUUUGUGACCAAAGUUUUGGAAUACAUGUAGCAGAGUUGGCGGCUUUCCCAAAGCAUGUGAUAGAAAGUGCAAGAGAGAAAGCAUUGGAGCUGGAGGAGUUUCAGAACAUUGGCAAGUCCAAGGAAUCUGAAGGAGAACCUUUGAAAAAAUCCUGCUUGCAAUCUAAACAUCCCUUCUGUUUUCUUUUCCUUCUCUCUCUGUUUCAGGAAGGUGAAAAGAUAAUUCAGGAUUUUCUUUGUCAAGUGAAAGCAUUGCCCCUGACAGAUAUGUCAGAAGAAGACAUCAAAAUCAAGCUGAAACAGCUGAGAAAUGAUGUGUUGGCAAAGAACAACAGUUUUGUGAAUGAAAUCAUUUCCCGAACGAAAGUUACAUCAUGAAAGGUGUGAGAACAGGAUACAGCUCUUGAAGCGUGUUUUACAUUGCAAGAACUAUCAUUUUCUUGUCUUGUAGCUUUUAUACUUUGAUACUUGUACUGAUUUAUGUAGGCAUUUUUUCUUUGAUUGUAAUUACUUUGUAAAAAAUUCUGAGCGCAUUCUGUGCCAGAUUCUUGCUUUAGUUGUGAAGACUGUGUCCUUUUAGAAGUUUUCAAUAAAAUGCUUUUUCAGUAUUGA